GGCGUUAUUGUAUUAAAAGAAAAAAAUACUUAAUUUUGAAAUGUAGAAAACUAAAACGGUUCAUUUUACAUGAAUUCUCCAUCAAGAAACCAAACGAGAAAGGACCAACCAGAAAAAAAGCUUAUGAAAGCGGAGAGUGGAGGGGGSCCUUUACCAGUAGGGGAAGAAAGCUCACAAACGAACAUCGGCGACCAGUUUCCAGAAGAGUUCGAAGCAAAAAUCACCGGACGGCGCCGGAGAUAUCGCCAUGGAUGUGAUCAAGUCGCAGCAAAUAUCAUCCCGUCCCAUUGAGAAAGUAGUUGUUCAUCCUCUGGUGUUGCUCAGUAUCGUCGACAACUACAACCGAGUUGCCAAGGAUACCAGUAAGCGAGUUGUUGGAGUUCUUCUCGGUAGCUCUUUCAGAGGCACCGUUGAUGUGACCAAUAGCUAUGCAGUGCCCUUUGAGGAGGAUGAUAAAGACCCCAGCAUAUGGUUUCUUGACCACAAUUAUCAUGAAUCUAUGUUUUCAAUGUUCAAGAGAAUAAAUGCUAAGGAGCACAUCAUAGGCUGGUAUAGUACUGGCCCAAAAUUACGUGAAAAUGAUUUAGAGAUUCACCAAUUGUUCCACAAUUAUGUACCAAAUCCGGUUCUUGUGAUCAUCGAUGUCCAACCCAAGGAGCUUGGUAUACCUACCAAGGCCUAUUAUGAUGUUGAAGAAGUUAAGGAGAAUGAAACACAGAAGAGCCAGAAGAUUUUUGUGCAUGUGCCUUCAGAAAUUGCAGCACAUGAGGUUGAGGAAAUUGGAGUUGAACACUUGCUAAGAGAUGUCAAGGACACCACCAUCAGCACGCUUGCUACUGAGGUUUCUGGAAAGCUUACAGCCCUAAAAGGUUUAGAUGCACGUUUGCGAGAGAUUCGGAGUUACCUCGACCUUGUUGUCGAUGAAAAACUUCCACUAAAUCAUGAGAUUCUAUACCAUUUACAGGAUGUAUUCAACCUGCUUCCUAAUCUGAAUGUGACUGAUUUGGUCAAAUCAUUUUCAGUAAAAACCAACGAUAUGAUGUUGGUCAUAUAUCUCUCUUCUUUGAUCCGAAGCGUGAUUGCACUCCAUAAUUUGAUUAAUAACAAGAUGUUAAACAAAGAGCAUGAGAAAGCAGAGGAUGCAAAACCAGCCACUGUUGUUGCAGCUGCAUCUGGAAACUAGAUUUGAAUGCUCGUCCCUGGGAUUUUUAAGUUUUGAAAGAGCUCUCGAGUCUGUUGAAGAUACCGGUUAUAACUGCGGUCAGGGCUUCUGUUUCUCAAGAAUUACAUUUCUCCUACAGUUAUACAAAGCAAAAGCUAGAACCAGGUGUGCUCUAAAUAUUUCUCAUUUCAUAUCUGGUUAUAUGCUUUACUUGAAUCUCUCUGUAUACUAUACAAGUUCAAAACUUGAACUGUUAACUGCUGAUCUUUCUCAGUCAUUGGACCAUAUCUUAUCAACAAGAUUGUUACACAAUCUUUCGUUUAUAGUCGUAUAGACAUUUUGGUAUUCUAAAUACUUU